CCUCCGGUCGGUGCGCGAGGCGGCGGCUGUUCCUCCGCUUCCUCUUCCUCCGUUCCCUUUCCCUCCCCCUUCUUUUUUUCCUCCUUCCCGUCCCCGCCGUCUGGGCCAUGGAUGGUGUUAUUACAGAUCUUAUAGCAGUCGGUUUAAAGCGUGGAUCUGAUGAGCUUCUUCCUUCUGAUAUCGUGUACGGGCCUCUUACCAUGAGCAAUUCUACUCCUGCUACAGCUAAUGGGAAUGACAACAAGAAAUUUAAAGGAGACAGAUCACCCUGCUCACCUUCACGAGUUCUUCAUCUUCGUAAGAUUCCAAAUGAUGUUACUGAAGCAGAAGUAAUUGGUCUAGGUCUACCUUUUGGCAGAGUAACCAAUCUCUUGAUGUUGAAGGGGAAAAGCCAGGCUUUCCUAGAAAUGGCUUCAGAAGAAGCUGCUGUUACUAUGGUGAACUACUACACUCCUGUUACUCCACACCUCCGCAGUCAGCCUGUUUAUAUUCAGUAUUCCAAUCACAGAGAACUUAAGACUGACAAUCUACCCAAUCAGGCUAGAGCUCAAGCUGCGUUGCAAGCCGUAAAUGCUGUUCAGUCUGGAGGCUUAGCCCUUACAGGUGUUCCAGCGACUGAGGGUGGAUUGGCUCCUGGUCAGAGUUCUGUUCUUCGAAUUAUAGUUGAAAAUCUCUUCUAUCCUGUAACUCUAGAAGUGCUAUUUCAGAUCUUCUCCAAGUUUGGGACAGUUUUGAAGAUCAUCACUUUCACAAAGAACAAUCAGUUUCAGGCCUUGCUUCAGUAUGCUGAUCCAUUGAAUGCACAUUAUGCCAGACUGACUCUUGAUGGUCAAAACAUCUACAAUGCUUGUUGUACUCUUCGCAUUGAUUUCUCCAAACUAACAAGCCUUAAUGUAAAAUAUAACAACGAUAAAAGCAGAGAUUUUACACGCAUGGACCUGCCUUCAGGUGACGGGCAGCCUUCCCUUGAUCCUACUAUGGCUACUGCUUUUGGUAAGAGUGAUUCCUUUAUAAGAAGAGGAUGGAACAAAUAGCUUUUGUCUUUCAGC